CUAACAAGUGAAUUUGACAAUUCUUUACGGUGGAGGCUGCAUCACAUGCCCACUAGCUACUCCAUAAACCGGUGAAGAUGCUCACGCCAAUUACUUGAACCUCCACCGUCAAAGUGACCGUCUCCUCUUUCCUUUUGUUUGCAACCAUUCUUCUGUCCUCCAGAAUCUAAUCUCCAGUCUCCAGAUGGAAUAAUUCUUCGACCUGAAGACUAACCAUUCGAGUUCGGAGAAAGCACAACAUACGAAGCACAGUCUUCACUUGCAGUCCCAAAUUAACUUCACUCAUAAAACUCUCCACCUUCUCUGCAUCAAAUUCAGUAGCCAGUGAUGCAUGCAAUUCAAUUUUAGCUUCACUUCUCAUCAAACACCAUCGCCUCGUGCUCUUUAGUUUCCUCCACCAUCUCUACCAGAAAAAAAGAAAAAGAAAAAAAGAAGGAAAAUCUUUACCUUUUGAAGACAUGCCUCAAAAAUACAUAAAUAAACACUUAGCCCCCUUAAGUUUUCCAUUUACUCCUCCUUUAAACGUACUAAUCACAGCCUUGUAAAGUCACCAAUGACCAAACCACAACACACACACAGGAAUGCAUAAAGAGGUCGUCUUUCCCCCUUCUCUCUGUAACAAAGCGAAGCACAACAUAGAUCUGAUAAAAAAAAGAAGCACAACAUAGAUACCAAAACCACAUCAUUAUCAUCAUCACCCUCUAAAUCUCUGCUACCGAACCUACCCGUGAUUAUCGGAGAUAUAUGUCAGCAAUGGACGGAGGAGGAGGAGCAGACGCACAGUAUGUGCGUGCCAAGACAUCAGUUUGGUGGGACAUAGAGAACUGCGCUGUACCGAGAGACUGUGACCCUCAUGCCAUAGCACAAAACAUAAGCUCAGCUCUUGUCGAGAUGAAUUAUUGUGGUCCUGUCUCUAUUUCCGCUUAUGGUGACACUCAUGGUAUCAAUCCUGCUGCUCAAAUGGCUCUUUCUAGUACUGGGAUUGCUCUCAAUCAUGUCCCUGCAGGUGUUAAAGAUGCAAGUGACAAGAAGAUUCUUGUUGAUAUGUUGUUCUGGGCGGUGGACAAUCCUGCGCCAGCAAAUUACUUGUUGAUUUCUGGUGAUCGAGACUUCUCUAACGCUCUUCACCAGUUGAGAAUGAGGAGAUACAAUAUUCUCCUAGCACAGCCCAAGACAGCAUCCGCAGCCCUUGUUGCGGCUGCAAAGAGUGUGUGGCUUUGGACGAGUCUCUUGACUGGAGGACGGCCACUCCCUGAAUUUGAAUUACAACAACUCCGUAGCAAAAACUACACGUCCACUCCAAACACGACACAGAUUCCAGCGUCCGAUACCGCUCAAAUGAAGGAACCAGUAGAUUCCUACUCUGAGAAACCGUAUGUGGCUAAUCAGAAGUCCCCUUCCACAUCAAGGCGUGCUAGAGUGAGAGCGAACGCAACCCUAAGAAACCCGAGCCAAACAAAUGAAUCAAAAACAAGAAGCACGCCUCUUGACCCCGAUGCGCCUCCUCCAAUGCCUGCCAGACCCAACGGAACUAGCUCCACCUCUGCACCAUCUACAAGAGUGCCUGCUUUUGAUAGUUUGAAUAAUUUUGGACACCCUGCCAGCUCUAGCCCUCAACCACGAAAUCCAGAGCUAAAGCAUGAUCCCAAGAAUAAACCAGACAGUAAAAAAAAUAAGAAAUCAAAAGGUGAAAACUCAAAAGGAUCUGGUGAAGGAAAAGGACCAGAGCUAAGUCAAAACAAGAAGAAUCCAGAGGGUGAAAACUCAAAAGGGUCUGGUGAAGGAAAAGGACCAGAGCUAAAACAUGAUCUCCAGAAGGAACCAGGCAGUUCAAACAAGAAGAAACCAGGGGGUGAAAACUCAAAAGGGUCUUGUGAAGGAAAAGGACCAGAGCUUGAACCUGAUCCCCGGAAGAAACCAGAGGGUGAAAACAGGAAGAAACCAGACGGCAAAAACUCAAAAGGGUCUGGUGAAGGAAAAGGACCAGAGCCAAGUCAAAACAAGAAGAAUCCAGAGGGUGAAAACUCAAAAGGGUCUGGUGAAGGAAAAGGACCAGAGCUAAAACAUGAUCUCCAGAAGGAACCAGGCAUUUCAAACAAGAAGAAACCAGGGGGUGAAAACUCAAAAGGGUCUUGUGAAGGAAAAGGACCAGAGCUAGAACAUGAUCCUCAGAAGAAACCAGAGGGUGAAAACAAGAAGAAACAAGACGGCAAAAACUCGAAAGGGUUUUGUUCAGGAAAAGGACCAGAGCUAAGUCUAAACAAGAAGAAUCCAGAGGGUGAAAACUCAAAAGGGUCUGGUGAAGGAAAAGGACCAGAGCUAGAACACGAUCCCCAGAAGAAACCACGCAGUCGAAACAGGAAGAAACCACGCAGUCGAAACAGGAAGAAACCAGAGGGUGAAGACUCAAAAGGGUCUGGUGAAGGAAAAGGACCAGAGCUAAAACAUGAUCCCCAGAAGGAACCAGGCAGUUCAAACAAGAUGAAACCAGGGGGUGAAAACUCAAAAAGGUCUUGUGAAGGAGAAGGACCAGAGCUAAAACAUGAUCCCCAGAAGAAACCAGAGGGUGAAAACAAGAAGAAACAAGAGGGUGAAAACUCAAAAGGGUCGUGUGAAGGAAAAGGACCAGAGCUAAAACAUGAUCCCCAGAAGAAACCAGAGGGUGAAAACAAGAAGAAACAAGAGGGUGAAAACUCAAGAGGGUCGUGUGAAGGAAAAGGACCAGAGCUAAAACAUGAUCCCGAUAAGAAACCAGAGGGUGAAAACAAGAAGAAACAAGAUGGUGAAAACUCAAGAGGGUCCUGUGAAGGAAAAGGACCAGAGCUAAAACAUGAUCCCGAUAAGAAACCAGAGGGUGAAAACAAGAAGGUGGCUAGAGCAAGAAAAGGAGUUUCAUUGAAAAAAUCAGUAGUUACAAGAUCAAAAAGACGUGUUAGCCUAACAAAACUGGACAAGGGAAAGAAAAACCCACCUGCUGCGAAAGUAGAAGGGGAAUGACAGCAAGCUGAAGCUCUUGAUGCUUGCUAUAUAUAGUAUGGCAGGAGCACCAUCCAUGCCACAGGGCUAUUUGUGUGCAAUGGAUACCCGUGUGCGAGUUUGGUACCAGUUUCUUGUGUCUAGGGGUUUGGGGAGACAGAAGAAGGUAGGGGAGUAUUUACGGUUUUAUACUCGUGUUUUAAUAGCCAAAAAGAAGGUGCCGAAUUUUCUUUUUUAUUUUAUGUUAUGCUUGGCAUGUAAAAAUACAAGUUUCUGUAUCUAUCAUUUUUAUUUUCUAGCAGUUCGCUGCUGCGAUUUCAUUCUGAA